AUGGGGCCCCGAGCUUUUUCAGGUACGUCCAGUGUCUGCUAUCAAACUGGAAGGGCAGUGUCCAUUUACCGACUGGAAAAAAUCGGUUUCUUCAGGACGGUUAACUUGGUCACCAAAUGUUUCUGGGUGGCAGCUUCUUUUCAAAAAUCAACUGGAACAAGAGAUAAACUGAUAUCUAUCUAUCUAUCUAUCUAUCUAUCUAUCUAUCUAUGCGCGUGUCUUUUUAAAAUCACUCAUUAUUACUUCAAUGUGAAUCAGAAGAUCUACGGUGAGUUCUUCGCCGAUAUGGAAGGUCGGGAGUGUGUCAAUUGCGGAGCCAUUUCUACUCCCCUCUGGCGUCGAGACGGAACUGGUCACUAUCUGUGCAACGCGUGUGGCCUUUACCACAAAAUGAACGGCAUAAACCGGCCCCUUAUUAAGCCGCAGCGCAGAUUGGUAAGGGACACAACUCUACCGUACGCUGCCAGUUUGCAAUCGGUGUUUCCUUUUCAGUCGGCAUCAAGGCGAGCAGGGCUGUCCUGCGCCAAUUGCCACACUUCCACCACCACCCUCUGGCGACGGAACAACGAGGGAGAACCAGUGUGCAACGCUUGUGGCCUCUACUUUAAAUUGCAUGGGGUGAAUCGACCUUUGGCCAUGAAAAAAGAUGGCAUCCAGACAAGGAAACGAAAACCCAAAAAUCUCGCAAAGACGAAAAACCCAAUCAAGACUGAGCCAAACAUAAACGUAACAUCUCUCUCUCUCUCUCUCUAUCUAUCUAUAUUUAUUCAUAUUCGAUUUUUCUAUCUCUUAGUCUAUUCAUGUGAUUCUAUCUAUCUAUCUAUCUAUCUAUCUAUCUAUCUAUCUAUCUAUCUAUCUAUCUAUCUAUUGGUCAUUAUCUAUCUAUCUAUCUAUCUAUCUCAGUUUGGUCAUUAUCUAUCUAUCUAUAUAUCUAUCUAUCUAUCUAUCUAUCUAUCUAUCUAUCUCAGUUUGGUUAUCUAUCUAUCUAUCUAUCUAUCUAUCUAUCUAUCUAUCUAUCUAUCUAUCUAUCUCAGUUUGGUCAUUAUCUAUCUAUCUAUCUAUCUAUCUAUCUAUCUAUCUAUGAAUUAA